AUUGGUGUGGAUACAUACCCGGCUCUAAUCACCCGACCGCUUAGUCGUCUCGCCAGAUAGCGAUACGGUCUCCAGUCGACUCCCUCGGGUGUCGUGCAGGUUGGUGCACAUCGAGGUUGGUGUCGCCACCCGCCCUUGUUUACCGUGGUACGGGUGUAACGACCAUGCGACGACAGCGACAGACGCUAGGUGUUCACGUAGGCAACGGACUGCGGGCGCAGGUACCCGAUAUAAGACGGACACAAAAGCCACAGCCUUGUCAGACCUAAAGCAGAUUUUGUGUCCUGCAAAAUUGCGUCGGAGUCGGUGCCGUUGAUCAAGCAUUGCUAAUGUCAUACGACUGCUGCAUGAAAAGAGGGAAUUGUGGGAGGAACGGGUGGAUCGUGGAUACCCGCCUCCUGAACUGCCAGAUUGUCGACGUGCGAGGUGCUGUCGAGCAGAAAUGUUUUGAACACAACCGCGAACAAUGGAAGACGUCAGAGGCCUUGGCUCCCUGACCAGACUUUAAUGCCUCGCCGGGUAGAUUUUCCACCCACCUGCCCCACACUUUGGUCGCUUGGGAAAACUGCGUGCCUCACCUACUGCGAACUCACUCCUGAUCGAUACAGGUAUGCUCCGCGACCUGCCAUCCGGUAUAAAAUUUGACCGUGGAAUAACCAGCUGAACGGCAACUCCCCUACCCGUCCACCCGUCCACCCGGUGGUGUGCUCAUUAUUUCAGAUCCCUCGCCGUCAAGAUUCUGAGACAAAUGUUCUGGAUUCCUGAAGUCUCGCUGUUUGGCUGAGGUUCUUAGUUUUGUGUGGUUGUUUGUACCCGUGAGAUUGUCUCGGGUGCAGAGUAACAGUCAACCUGCUGUUGUUUCUGGUGUUUGGAUUAACGCACAUCCCCGACUCCAUUGCCAGUCCAGACAUUUUGACUGACAUCCGGUUACGUCAGUAUUCGACGUCAAGUACUUGACGUCAAGUGUCACAUACGUCAUAUUCUGCUCUGACGUAGGAGAAUUGCGUAACACGUGGACAGAAGAUUCGAGAAGAUAAAACAAACCUCAGGACUCAGAAAAUAAUUCUGUACUAGCGACAACCUCGACAACAGCGUCUUCUUUACUGUAGCUAACGGAAGAGGUGGUGUAAGUGUACACAGAAGAAAGAAAAAAAGUUGUCGAAAUCAAAGCUUUAAAAAAAAAGGUGAAGGAGAUGGAGUUGAGUGAAAGUAAACAUUCAGGUUGAGGUUGAGCACAGACAGGGUAGUGGUGUAUGAAAAGCAGGAUCACUCAGGGUGUACUCAGUCACACCCGGCAUUUGAAGAGCGGUGGUGUCUGGUUACAUUCCCGGUCACCAGUCCCCGAGAUUAGAGACAAGGUAGUGGUGGAGGACAGUUCGACCUGAUCGAAAGACCUGAUCUGUCGGCGUGACUGCGGAAAACACAAACCACAAACUCUGGCAGUUGUCCGCCAUUCGUCUCCAAACAUCGUUUGGCUUUGACAGAAGGAGAGCGUGACAUCUACUGGGGGCUCAGGCAGUAUUCUCACACCAACUCCACUUUUUCAGUUUUAUGUGCGACAUCUGGAUUGAAGAAUAGAAGGUUGCUAAACCUUCUUUAAGCAUCAUCAUCACUGGACAUCGGGGAACGUGAUUCACCGGGCAAACUGAAGCAGACGACAUCCAUGGCGGAGCAAGGGACGCAGUCUUUCAUCAUCGUCAAGUAUGGAGACAACGAGGAAGCCAUCUUUAACCCCUGGUGUUCCACUCACACCCUCUUAGAGUGGAUACGACGGAAAUGCAAGUGUGACGAUAGCAUUGUUCUUGACCUGGUUGACCUCGAAGGUCAGAUAAAGAAUUUGUCGACGGGGGCGGACGACUACGCCUGUGACUAUGUCACACCCCGAGAGACUUACAUCCUCAUACGCGUGGACAAACAAGGAGACAACGGGCCCAAUCGCUACGUUUCGCUUCUCAACAACCUUGAUCAGUUCAGUCCUGACCUCAUGGUGAAGCUGAACAGCCUGUCCCGCCCGAGUACCCGCAACAAGAAGUCGGACCGCCUCAAACGCAACAACAACCGCCAGACACCACGUCCAACGAAAACAGCGGAAUCCACCGGAAAGAGACCUGUGAGUGGCGAACGAGAUCGUCCACGUCCGAGGCAAGGCAAAUGACUUCCGGUGAUGAAGAAGGAGUUGGGGGAUGGUGGUGGGGUGGACAACGGGUGGAGUCAGAAGUUGAAAUGUGUCCGAAACAUAGCCACGUCCAACCAGCGCGUGGUUUUUCUAUCACGUGACAGCCUUUUUUUCUUGCUGUUGGUGGUCACACAUCCUGGAUGAUGGAAACCAGUUCACUAUUGUGACGUAUCAGCAGGUUUUGUUGUUGUAAAUGUUGUAUCGACGUGGUAGAGGAGAGGAUUGGUUGGUGGGUGGGCUGGAGUGUGGUCUGUGUUGUCGCGCGCUGACAUUGCAUUUUACGAGAAACUGGAUGUAUGUGAUGUCAAUGACGGAGUUGCAGCGAAAAUAUGAAGGAAAAAUGCUAACUUUUGACAGCUUACAAACUGUUUUAUAACAUGCUGUUUUUAUUGCGCUACCAUUCAAAUUGACAGAAAUAUCAGCAUUUACAUAACGCAUAAAAAGGUUGAAUAUUUCACAAUAUGCAAAAAGAAAGUCUGAGAUCGUUCACAAAAUAAGUGCGUCUAUGAUUUUGACAAAUAGUUCUGGGUUGAUGACAGCGGCUGACGGAUAAUCGCCACGUCGCCUUUUUCCAUGGCAGCGGGUUCGGUAGGGGAAGGUCAGUCGAGUUCUUCUGCCGAUGACUGCGAUCUCCACCCCGCCUACCUGUCGAGAUAGCAAUUAAGAAAGACUGCACGUGUAGGAGUCUGCACCGCGGGUACCCAUACCUUCCCUCACUCGGUCGAAACAAUUUAAAAAACCGCCCAGAAGAAGUUCCGCCUUUAAGGGGACGGUGGGAAGUAGAGAUGGGGGAGGACCUAGGGACAUAUGAACGUACCUGCUACGGAUAUGCGCAAUGACGGCGUCCCAAUACACAGAUCAUUAGAAUACCUGAGCAUGAGGACCGUUCAACCAGAUCACUGCAGACGUUUACGUUUUCACAGAACGUACUCAGAGUACAUGAACCAUGUUCUUCACAAACUGUUCUCGCGUGUUAGAAUUUAAAGUGUAUACACAAUGCUAUGAGGCUUGUCCUUGUCAACACACUGGUUACAGAAAUAUCCUCCUUCUCUCCUCCUCCCUCUUUUUGUCUUUGUUUGUUUUUCCCUCUCCAUCUUUCUCAAUCUUGUUUUUCAUUUUGUUCUUUUUUUUCUUAGUCCAUUUUUCUUUCUUUGUCUCGGCUUCUUUGACGUUUCUCCUCAAGCGCGUUUAUAAGCGGAAUGCACUGAAAGUACAAUGACUACACUACAUAAUAUUAAAUAGACAAUAUAGUAUUGCAGCACGUUGCUAUUGGUGACGGGGGUUCGUUUGCAGAGGUGAAAAUUGCACGGGUGUAGGAUUUUGUCUUGUGUACCUUGGUGGUGGGUUUGUUUACAGUGGUUAAGAAAUUUUCUUUUUACUUUGAUAGUUUGUUCAUUCCACUGGUUUCCAUUGUGGAUGUUUUUGAUUGCGCAUUUGCGUGCGUGCGUGUGUGUACGUGUGUGUGUUUUCGUCACUUAAGUCUUUCGUUUACUGAACAGUAGAAAGAAGACACCAUUAAAGAACUACAUGUAUUUCUGUAUUUAUUUACUUAUUUAUGUACGUCAUUCAUGUCUCUUUGCGCGUGAGUGAUUUUAACAAAGUUUUUUGCACAAUGUCAAAAUAAACACAAUUUCUUAAAGAAUA